GGCCACGUGGUUAGCAGCAUCGCUUUUGGCUACCAAACUGACCUCAUUCUCCUUGAAUUUAGUAAAAUAAUCUGUAAAAGAUCCUUUGGAAGCGAAGAAUGAAUCCAAGUACAAAUGAAGUACGGGGAGACUUUUUACAGCCGCCACACGGCACUUGGAGAUUGCUGUUGUGAUAGCUAAUAAAGUCUGUAAAAAGAUCCGAUCCGGUAAAGGUAUUCGACAAGACUGACCUGUACACAUUGACAUGAAUUCACCUUUACAAGAAGUGCCGUCUACCCCGUCUUUGUCGUUGUACACUGCAGUUCUGAAACGCAAUGCAAAUACUCCAGAAGCUGUUGUACCGGAUGGAUUCUUUGAUUAUAUUCAAGACCAAUCUGUCAGCGUGCCUGGAACACCAGUCCCGGCUGCAUUACCAUCUUCACCAAGGACACCAAACGCAUGGUCUCUGACAAGGUCAAUGUCUCGUCAAGGCAGGCGUUAUAUCUACAAUCCAUCUCUUGCUUCAAGAUUUGUUCGAAAUUCCCCAGCAGGAAGCAAAUAUCUCGGAGAGCAAGUGGUCCCAUCAACACCAGUGGGAGGGUUUGCCCUACCAUGUACACCAACAAGCUCACAAAGACGGAGAACAUCCCCUAGAAUGCAAGUUAACACGCCUAAUACUGUAGACAAUGAAGUUACCAUAGAUGCUGCAGGAGACAGACCUCUUAAGAGAAAGAAGGUGGAAAACCAGAGACAGACCAACUCCUACAUUAAUAAAACCCCAACGUCAAGGCCAAGAAGUCAGCGGAGAGAAGCUGUAGUAAGAUAUAGGAGAUCGCCAGAAGCUGUCCGAGAAUCUGGUGAUGCUGCGAUAUUUCAGGAUUUUCUUGAUCUUAUCUAACUAACGUUACAUAAACGUGACGUACUAAACGGCGUACUCGUCCUAAAUAAAAAAGUGACCGCCAAGUAACAUAAGGAUACUGUUUUUAUCCGCUGGCCACCUCCAGUAUCGUUUGAAAAUCAAUAUUAAGAAUCAUGAACCUACAAUUGUUUAAAACGCGUUCCUGUUUUAAGUGUUCACAAUACGGAAAUAUGUUUCUUACGUCGGUAUUUUCCAGCAUUCUGUACUUCAUGUGUUAAGGUAAGCUUGUUGUCUUGUCUACAUUUAAAUCCGAACACAGGUUUACUAAAGUCAACAUAGAUAAUUUUGUGUCUCACCAUUUACGAUUAUAUCAGAAAGGGUGGUGUUUGUUAGUACGCUUUGACCACAGUAUAUCUGUAAACAUGCUUUGUACAAAUUCUGUAGACUUUUGAGCAACUGCCCAAAAACCUUUGUGUAAAACUGAAUUAAUCUUUAGCUAGCGUUCCUCAGCAAAGACGCGAACAAUUUUAAAUGCAUUUCCUAGAGUUGGGAAAUUUGUUCUAGUAAAUGGGCGGAGGGGUGGGGCGAAAGAAAGCAGCAACGCACAGUGGGCGGGUUUAACUUGGCUGUCAGCAGCACGUGCUUAAAAUAAUGCCCGGUCUUCUCCAUCAUUAAAGCGGGAAAUUCGUCUUAUGAUCAUGCAGACUUUAAACCAAACAAAAAUUAUGUAAAGGAAAUUAUGAUUUUUUUUAUUUGAACUGGCCAAUAUUUCUAAAUUGAAGAUAUUUUUGAUUUUACAUUUAGACAUUUAUCGUUGACCAAAAAGUUCUGCAUACGGUUAGUGUUCGGUUUGACAUAUAGCCCCAAAAGAGCAGACAAAUGACAAUAAGUAACAAACACACUAUUUUAGAUAGUGAACCUUUAUUAACUUGAAAAUGUUUACAAGUAUAUUAAUACAGAUAUGAUAUGCAGAUAGAAAUACUGCACAAUGUUGAAUUAUAAUUUUUCAUUAGAACAUGCAUAUAUGAAAUGUGAAUGUAUACCAGUCAACAAAGAAUCAAUCCUACAGCCACUGUUGCUCGUACUAUUUUGUUAGAAAAAAGCGCCCAUAUCCCUACAUUUACAGCUUAGAUAGAGGAUUUUUAAUACUGUUUUUUUAUAUGUCAUUUUGCAUGUAAAAUGUGCACUGCAAUUCAAACAUACCAGUGGAACCGAACUCCACAAUUAUUGACAGUAUUAAAGCAUUAUUCAUAUCAAGAUUGUCAAUGUCAUCGAGUAACUCGAAUUAUUAAUUGCUCUUUCAUUACUGAAUGCAAAUACAAAACAUCAGCAUCUGACAGUACUGUGAAAGGGUACUGAAUAUUUCCCCUCUGUCUACCCUUCCCCGUUUAGCAAUCAAACAAAAUAAAUGGGCUUCUUGCAAGUGAACUUAAGCUUCCAGGUGGCGUUACCUAACGCUUGAAUCAGUGUUGGUUCAUAAACAAUCUUGAACAACAGGAAAGUGUCAAAACCUACUGCAUUACAUGUAAGUUCUUUUUAUAUCUUUGAGCCAUUUCAACUGCAACGCCUACCAAAUAUUUUGUAAGAAAUUCACUUACAAUGUAUUCCCAAAAUGGUUUUCCAAGCUGUUUGCAUAAAUGCACCAUAUGAUUGACUAGACAU